AUGAGAAAACAAGCAGAAUUUGAACUCUAUAAGCGUCUCAAAUUACUCGGAGAGGGUUCUUUUGGAAAGGCUUAUUUAGUUGAAUUUCUUCAAGACAAGUAGAAAAGAUACUUAAGAAUUUUAGGUCACUGUGGGUGACUAAAUAUAUGGAUUUGGCAGCCAUGUCAACCUAAGAGAGAGAAGAAACCUUGAGAGAAGCUAAAAUACUUGAAUUCCUACAGCAUCCAAAUAUCGUGAGAUUUAAAGAAGUCUAUAGAACAAAAAAAGGUCGUUUGUGUAUCGUUAUGGAGUAUGCAGAUGGUAAAUUUAAGAAUUUAAAACAGGGGGCGAUUUGGCUUAGAAAGUUAAAGAAGCCAGAGGGAAAUACUUACCUGAAGCCCAAAUUUUAGAUUGGUUUACUUAGAUUUGCUUGGCCAUCAAACAUGUCCACGAUAGGAAGAUCAUCCACAGAGAUUUAAAAUGCUAAAACAUUUUCUUAACAAAAGCAGGAUAAGUUAAACUAGGAGAUUUUGGUAUUGCAAGAAUUCUAAAGAAAACUUUUGAAAAAGCAAAAACCAUGGUGGGGACUCCCUAUUACAUUAGUCCUGAAAUCAUUGAAGGGAAACCCUACACAUUUAUGACUGACAUCUGGUCAUUGGGUGUAAUCCUCUAUGAACUAUGUGCCUUGCAACCUCCUUUCUAAGCAGAAUCUCUUCAUUUUCUCGCUUUGAAUAUUGUCAAGGGUUAAUAUAAACCAAUUCCCAAUCAUUAUUCUAAAGAAUUACGAUAAUUGGUUGCUACAUUACUUCAAGUUGAUUAUAGGAGGAGACCCACAAUCCAAGAUAUUCUCAGUAACUAUUAAUCUAAUUACUAGAAAUGCCCGUAAUAAUAAAUAGAAUUAAAAGCUUUCUAAGUGAAACUAUUCAAAGAUAAGAGUUCUCUCAUACGGUUCUCCAUAACAGAGUAAUUGCAUAUUAUUAUAUCCUAGAAUUUUGAAAUCAAAGGAAAUUUAGAUCAAAUCAAUCUCAUUUUAAAUGAAAAACCUUGCCCACAUUAACUCCUGGAACAGAACUAAAAAAACCUCUAAGAAUUCCCAGAAAUUGUAAAGAAACCCUAACCUUAAAUAUAAGACCCAAAUGCCAUUAUAAAACCUCCCUAAUUAUCAAAGUAACCUUCUUCGAGACAAUAAGAACCUCCAUCAUCCAGAUAAAAUUAAUAAUAAGAAGUUCCUAAAAUUACUGAAUUACCUAAGCCCGUUUCUUGGGAGGUCCCUAAAUAAAUAGAGAUUCCAAAGUAGAUAGAGAUCCCAAAAAAAUUAGAGCCAAUUAUUAAAAAUUCUCCAAUCAUUUAAAAAAAGGACUCAUAAAAAGAAAUAAUAACAGAAGAAAAAAAACAAUCUCCAUUAUUAUAAUAACAGGCUAGACCCAAAAGUGACUAGGAUAAAGCAUAAUAAAAAAGUGAACCCAAUAGAUUUGAUGGCUAAUAACAGAAGAAGCAUUCAAAUAGUGAACAAGCCUUGAAUGAAUAAAAAGUUGAAUAAUUUAUUUCACCCAAAGUUCCCUAAAAACCAGUAGAAUAACCAAGGUACAACAGAUUAAUUUAUAAAGGCCUCCGACUGCUCCAAAAGAUAAAAUUCCACCACCUAAUAGUCAAAGACCUUAAAGUUCAAGAUAAUAAGUAGUUGAUUAAAAAAAACCUCAAAAAAUAAUUAUAGAGAAAAAAAGACCAACCAGUGUUGAUAAAACUCCUGCUGUUAAAUAUUAGGAUGAAUAAGGUUAAGGAUAUAAUAACCAGUAUCGUCAAGAAGAAAGGAUCAGAUAAUUAAAAAUGAAACAAUAAUAAUAGGGAAAAAUGGAUGUGGAAAAAAAAGAAAAAGAAAAAGAGAAAGAAAGAGAAAAAGAAAGAGAAAGAGAAAAGGAAAAAGAAAGAGAAAGAGAAAGAGAAAGAGAAAGAGAAAGAGAAAGAGAAAAGGAAAAAGAAAGAGAGUUGAUUGAAAAAUAAAAGAAGCUUGAAAAAUAAUAACUCUUAGAAAAAUAGCGAAUCAAUAAAGAUAAGGCAUUAGAAAAUAAUUAAUAUUAAAAUUAAUACUAAGUUGAAACAAAACCACAAGAAAAAUCUCCUUAAUUUGGAGGUAAAUAAUAAAGAGAUUCAAGAGUAUAAAUUAAACCGAAAAAUGAUUUAUUACAAUGUGUGUAACAGAAAAAUAAAGAUUUAGAUCUUAUGCUUUAAGAAUUAUAAGGAUUAGUAAUUAUAAUAUUUUAUAAUUAUUUAGAUCGGAGGGGAUAAUAAUUAAAAUGAGAAGAUACCCCAUUAAAAUGGAAAAGAAAAUGUUUAUGAUUACAAUGCCCUACCAGUGACUUAAAUUGAAGACAGAGAAGAUGAUGAGGAUGAAUCUUGUGAUAAAAAUGUUAAUAAGUAAAAAUAGGUUGUCAAACCUAUCUCUGAGGUAGAAGAAGAAUGUUUUGAAUUGCUGAAUAAACAAGAUUAAAGUAAAUGUAACACAAUUCUGAUCAAAAUUGAAAAAUUCUUAGGUUAAGAGAAAAUGAAAAAGACAAUUGAAAUUUUGCGUAAGGCUGUAAGAUAUUUUAUAUACUCUAUGUUAGUUAGAUAAAAUGAGCCUUGAUUUGAUUGAAUAAAACUAUGGUCCUAAUUAUGAAAAACUAUUGCCAUUUUUGACAUUGGAAGAAAGGAAGAAGUGUACACCACUCCUUAUAACUUACAUAAUCGCUGAUUGA